AUGAAAGAGAAACCCGAGAAACCUAUCACGUUCUACUCGGAGUUUCCUUUCAGCCAAACUGUGUUGAAUUUGUGCUAUGCUGUGAAUUCACAUCUGAAAUCUAAAGUCAAAGAAGCUGAAAAUGAAAUUAUUGCUAUUGGUCAAGCUCAAAAACUGGUAGUAGACAGAUUAAGGAGAGAAUUAGAGCUUUAUCAGCAGCGCUUGAAAGCUCGUAACAAGCAGACAAACAUUGAAAAUGAUAAUCGCUAUGUAGCCCAGCAACUACGGGACCACCAGCUUCAAUAUCGCAGCAGAAAUAGGACUGUAUCAUUACUCAAACCUUCAGUACUUAACGAGAUUCAUAUUAAGUCGGAAAACUAUAAUGAUGUGAAAGAAAACAUAUCAGAUUCAGAGACUGAGAUUAAAUCCACAAAUGAGAAAGAAAACUCUAAUCACAGUGAUGCGGAAGAAAAAGAUAAAUAUUUGAGAAAUUAUCAGCAGAUACCCAAAGUACAUGAUAGUAGGAAUAACUUUGCUAAUGCACUAAAUAAAGUCAAGGAGGCAUUUAUCGGCAACACUGAGCAUGGGCGUAGCUGGCAGGAGCGCUCGCGGCGCUCGGAGUCGGAGUCUCCGCCGGGGCCCGCGGAGCUGUCGCCCACGCCGUCGCCGCCGCCGCUGCCCGCGCACGGCGAGCCCGUGUCGCAGGAACUCUUCCUCAGACUAAUCGGCCUGGUGACUCCGGCCCAAAAGGAGGUCCUUGAGAAGAAAAGGAGCGAGCGUCGGAAACGGUCUACCACCAGCACGAACAGAAACGAUUUCGUGUACGGGAGCUACGAAAUGUUGCCCAAACGCAAGAAAUACAAUCAAUUCCCUUACUUGCAAUCGCACAACGACCCGCCUCAAACACGCUCAGCCAAAUUGAGAAAACAGCAGUUCCAGACUCAAAGCAAGGAAUCACGGGAAGAAUCGCCGUCUGGCUCGUCAGGCGAAUCGAAAGCGGCGUGGAGCGGCGGCGGCGGCGGGAACAGCGCGCCCGCGUGGGCGGCGCGGCUGCCGGCGGGGCUGUCGGUGGAGCCGCUGUUCGCGCCCAGUGCCAAGAAGGUGUGCACCGCCUGCGGCAGGAAUGACGUGCCGUCGCUGCUGGUGUGGUGCGGUGCGUGCGGCGUGUGGCUGCACACGGGCUGCGGCGCGGCCGGCCGCUGCGGCUGCGGCGCCGCGCUGCCCGACCCCGCGGCGCGCGCCUCGCUCCGGGACCAGGACCGCGACCACCACCAGCUCGUGCGCGAUAAACUAGCGGAACGCAAGCGCCUCCAAGAGAAAAACAUCCAACUAUGCGUCGAACUACGCAAACUUGAAGCGCGCGCCGCCACGCUCAAAGAGAACCUGGACGACCACAACGCAGAGAAGCGGCAACUGCUCGCUGACCAGAUCAAGACACAAAGGAAUUUACAGAAGCUGCUGGAUUUCAUCAGCCAGUUUAAAGAAACCUCCAUCAGUAUCAGGUCUACUUCUGCCAGUGAAUCUGGCAGUGAAGUCAGCAAGAGCAAUGAGGAAUAAGGUGAAACUUUCUUCCACAUCAAAGGUUCGUGUCAAGUGUCGUUCGUCGUAUAACAGU